AAACUACAUUAACAUUCUACUUAUUGGACAAGAAGACACUGCCGUUUUAUAGACUCUCUCAUUUAUGUUCAACAAUAAUUCCUAUUGUAAAAGUAGGUGAUUUUUAUCAAAACAAGAAAAGAAUCACUGACUUUAUUGAAAUUUUACAUGGAAUCAAUUCUUUACUAAUGCAGAAUUAUAAAUUGCUAAAUGAUAUUAACAAUGCCAUCAUAGGUAAAAAUAGUACAUUAUCAUCAUCUACAAGAUCAUUGAAAUUUUCUUCAUACAAAGUUAUCCCUACUGUUACUACACCUUAA